UGUCGAAUCCAAGUCCAAGUCAAAGAAAUGAAUAGAAUGCAAAUGCAGCUCCACUCCCACUCUCACUCUCUUUUAACCAAUUUAUUUAUAUAUGUUCCAGCCAGUGGCUGUGGCUGUCAGAAUACAAUGCCUUUGCCUUUGGAGAACAAAACCAUAUCUGCUGCUGCAAAAUCUUCCACAACAAUUCUUAAUCGCAUCCCUCCCUCUUGCUUUUUCUCAUAAACCCCUCCACUUUUCUUCAUUCUUACCUCCAUUUCUGUCCCACUUGUAUCAACUGGGUUUUUCUUUUACUUGCAAGAAUUUGAUUGUGGUGUCUAAUAGUCGAAACAUCUCAUCUUUCUUGUUGCUUGCUUCCAAUAUUUAUAACGUUAUUAGGUCUGCCUGUCUGUCUCUACUUAAGAAGCAUGGUGAUUUUCUGGGAAUUUUUAAUGUUCUUGAGCUUGUCACUUGGUUGGUAAUGGUUCUCUUCUCCCAGAGUCGGUUGAGUUUCGAAUAAAACAUUCCUCCAUAAGUUUACCACUUGUGAGUUGGCAGAAUCACAUUUAUUGCUUUCAUGGUUGGAUGGAGGUUUUAAAGUGUUCAAGUCUUCCAUUAUAUAUGUCCACGACUGCUUAUCACUCUCUCUCAGGAGUUUGGAAUGAGCUGUAGCUAAGUUUAUUAGAUUUUAACUGAUGAAAGAAAUAGUUGACCAAAAACCAUUCAAGGCAUGGUCCUGGUCCGUUGAACAGUGUCUAAAAGAGUACAAAGUUAAACUAGACAAGGGUUUGAGCAGCUUUGAGGUGGAGAAGCGUAGAGAGACAUUUGGAUGGAAUCAACUCCAGAAAGAGAAGGGAAAACCCCUAUGGAGACUUGUCUUGGAGCAAUUUGACGAUAUGCUCAUCAAAAUCCUUUUGGUAGCAGCUUUCUUAUCAUUUGUCCUGGCUUACUUACAAGGAAAUGAUUCAGGGUUUGAAUCUUAUGUGGAGCCUUUUAUCAUAGUCUUGAUACUAAUCCUAAAUGCAAUAGUUGGUGUUUGGCAAGAGGGUAAUGCUGAGAACGCCCUUGAAGCUCUGAAGGAUAUGCAAUGUGAGUCUGCAAAGGUGUUAAGAGAUGGAUAUUUAGUGCCAGACCUGCCUGCACGUGAGCUUGUCCCUGGAGAUAUCGUGGAAUUGCGGGUUGGGGAUAAAGUGCCGGCUGACAUGAGAGUCGCAGUCCUGAAAACCUCAACUUUAAGAGUCGAGCAGAGUUCACUGACAGGGGAGGCAAUGCCAGUCAUGAAAGGAACCAAUCCUGUAUUCAUGGAUGAUUGUGAAUUGCAGGCCAAAGAAAACAUGAUUUUUGCUGGAACCACAGUUGUUAACGGUAGCUGCAUCUGCAUAGUUGUGGACAUUGGGAUGUGCACUGAAAUCGGCAAGAUACAAACACAAAUACAUGAGGCAUCACUGGAAGACCAUGAAACCCCUCUUAAGAAGAAGCUCGAUGAAUUUGGUAAUAGGCUCACUACUGCUAUUGGCCUCAUUUGCCUCAUUGUAUGGGUCAUCAACUACAAAUAUUUUCUUAUGUGGGAGCUUGUGAAUGGAUGGCCAACAAAUUUCCAAUUCUCUUUUGAUAAAUGCACUUAUUAUUUUAAGAUAGCAAUUGCUCUUGCUGUUGCUGCGAUCCCUGAGGGCCUUCCUGCCGUAAUUACGACCUGCUUAGCUCUAGGUACAAGAAAAAUGGCUCAAAAAAAUGCGAUAGUGCGGAAGCUUCCAAGUGUGGAGACCUUGGGGUGCACAACUGUUAUUUGUUCAGACAAAACAGGGACCUUGACAACAAAUCAGAUGUCCGUGACACAGUUCUUUACCUUGGGAGGCAAGACUACAUCCUCGAGAAUUUUCCAUGUUGAAGGCACGACUUAUGAUCCCAAGGAUGGAGGAAUAGUGGACUGGGAUUGUUAUAAUAUGGAUGCCAACUUGCAAGCUGUGGCUGAAAUCUGUGCAGUUUGCAAUGAUGCUGGGAUAUUUUGUGAUGGCCGUUUAUUCAGAGCAACUGGACUGCCCACUGAGGCUGCUCUGAAAGUUUUGGUUGAGAAGAUGGGAGUUCCAGACAGUGAGGUCAAGGACAAAAUCCGUUAUUCUAAGCUUUUGUCUAACUAUCUGAUUGAUCGCAACACAGUUAACUUAGCAUGUUGUGAAUGGUGGAACAAAAGCUCAAAAAGGGUUGCAACACUAGAAUUUGAUCGUGUCCGCAAAUCAAUGAGUGUCCUCGUCCGCAAGCCAAAUGGAUCCAAUCGACUUCUUGUCAAGGGUGCUGUUGAAAGUUUGCUGGAUCGCAGUUCCUAUGUUCAACUUGCUGAUGGAUCCACAUUCCCCGUUGAUGAACAGUGUAGGCAGUUGUUGCUGUUAAGGCUCUUCGACAUGAGUUCAAAGGGUUUGCGGUGCAUAGGCUUGGCAUAUAAAGAUGAUCUGGGAGAGCUUUCGGACUACUAUACUGAGGAUCAUCCAGCCCAUAAGAAGUUGCUUGAUCCAUCCUGCUAUUCCUUGAUAGAAAGCGGCCUAAAUUUUGUAGGGGUAGUUGGUAUAAGGGACCCUCCUCGUGAGGAAGUCCAUAAAGCAAUUGAGGAUUGCAGGGGAGCUGGAAUCAAGGUCAUGGUGAUAACUGGAGACAAUAAGUCCACAGCUGAGGCUAUCUGUAAGGAGAUAAAAUUAUUUUGUGAAGGUGAAGAUCUCCGAGGGAGAAGUUUUACUGGUAUAGAGUUCAUGGCUCUUUCAUCUUCCGAACAAAUUGAUAUUUUGUCAAAGCCCGGAGGAAAAGUUUUUUCUCGUGCUGAACCUAGACACAAGCAAGAUAUUGUAAGGAUGCUCAAAGAUAUGGGGGAAAUUGUUGCAAUGACUGGGGAUGGGGUCAAUGAUGCACCUGCCCUAAAACUUGCUGAUAUUGGGAUAGCUAUGGGCAUGACUGGAACCGAGGUUGCAAAAGAAGCAUCAGAUAUGGUGUUGGCAGAUGAUAAUUUCAGCACAAUUGUAUCAGCUGUUGCUGAGGGUCGUUCAAUCUACAACAACAUGAAAGCUUUUAUCAGAUACAUGAUUUCAUCCAAUGUUGGAGAGGUUAUAUCGAUAUUCUUGACUGCCGCUCUGGGAAUACCAGAAUGUAUGAUACCUGUGCAGCUUCUGUGGGUGAAUUUGGUGACAGAUGGCCCACCUGCGACAGCGCUUGGAUUUAACCCUGCUGAUGUUGAUAUUAUGAAAAAACCGCCUCGGAAGAGGAAACAUGCUCUAAUAAACUCCUGGGUUCUCUUCCGCUAUAUGGUGAUUGGCUCCUAUGUCGGAAUUGCAACUGUUGGUGUGUUCAUCUUGUGGUACACUCAGGCUUCGUUUCUUGGUGUAAACUUAGUUGGUGAUGGGCAUACACUAGUUGAACUAUCUCAGCUUCGCAACUGGGGAGAAUGCACAUCAUGGUUGAAUUUCACUGCAUCUCCUUUCACAGUGAAUGGGGGCCGCAUGAUUACUUUCUCGAACCCCUGUGAUUAUUUUUCUGUUGGCAAAGUGAAGGCAAUGACACUGUCACUGUCUGUGCUGGUUGCCAUUGAAAUGUUUAAUUCUCUGAAUGCCCUCUCAGAAGACAACAGCUUGAUCCGAAUGCCACCAUGGAGAAACCCUUGGCUUCUCAUAGCCAUGUCAUUUUCUCUUGGUCUGCACUGUUUGAUACUUUAUGUCCCUCUCCUCGCGAAUGUGUUUGGUAUAGUUCCACUGAGUUUAAAUGAAUGGCUUCUUGUUGUCUUGGUAUCGGCCCCAGUCAUUCUUAUUGACGAAGUUCUUAAAGUUGUGGGAAGAAGGAAAAGAUUGCAAACAAAGGUAAAGAAAGCAUGACUUCUUCUGAAGAAGCAUGCAGUUCUUCACUGGGAUUAUGUCUCAGUGCUGAUGGUGUAGGAUAUCAAUUUACUCUUCUUCAUCAGUAUGUCCCAUUUUGGUUAAAUAAGUCUGUUUCAGCGAUGUAUUUAAGUAUGUGUUUCCUUCGCUUUCACAGUGUCAACACCAAGCCUAGUUAAUGUCUCUACUAUCCACUGAGAAUGAAACACUCUUGUAUGCUUUGAGGCAAAAGGAAAUUUAAGCUCUGAAA